AUGGAAACAAGGCCAGGUACAAUUCCUAAUCAAGGAAAGGAGUCCUGUGAAAUUUGUCCCCAGGGAUUACUGGUGUUCACUGGCUCUUCAUCAAAGGACACCAACCUGGCCAAGCAGUUUUGGAUUGGGGCUUCAAUGUAUCCUCCUAAAGAAUCCCAACUGGUGCUGUCCGGAUGUAGCAGUAGGCGUCUACCCAUGGCGCCAUCAUCCAAGAGCAGUGCGCCUGAGAGAAGUUACAUGCAGUCUUUCCUUGAGGAAAACAAGGGAACAGCUGUCAUUGUUGAAACCCUAAAGAUUGAGGAGAAAAAAAUGUAUCUCCAAAAGAAACAGCCUUUAACUCAGCAGUUAAUGCAGUGA